AACCCAAACAAACACGAAAUUCAAAGUGGGAAACGCGUUUCCUGUUUCCAGUGUCACGUUUUCAUCUGGAAAAUUAGUUGAUCGAAUUGUGCUGAUGAACCGCAUUUUUUCUUUAAUUAUUUCCCCACGGACCGCACAACUAUUCACCUCAACCAGACCAGCAACAGCGCUGCCUGUUUCUUCCCGAUUAUUUCCCAUCUCGCGCACCAUGUCCAGCCUUCCCCCCGUGCAGAUCGACGACAGCGGGACGUACAAGUAUAUUUUAAUCGAGGGGCCCAACGGGGAGCGGUUGGUGCGCGGCACGGCCAGCGCCGACUACCACAACAAGAUUUUCGAAGCAGCGGAGAAAGACGCCAAGAAACAGGGCGUCGCGCUCAAGUGCCUGGGCGGCGGGAAGAUCCAGCGUGACGGGAACAACAUCAAGAUCUUCGGCAAGUCGGAGGGCUUCGGCCCGGCGGAUCACAGCGUCACGGCGGAGGUGCUGAAGAAGGCCUAUCCCAACGCUAAAGUCACCAUCGGCGAGGAAUAAAUCAGCAGCAUACUGCUACAGGUUAAAUUGGACACGCGCCCAGUUUUCCUUAUGUGCACUGUGCGGCUACGUUGUUGCGGUAAAUUAAUGGUGAUGGUCUUUUAUCGGGGCUUUUCUUUUAAAUUUUACGGACUGACGGUUAGCUUGUGGUUUUUAUUGUGUACGGAAUUUUUUUGCGGAUUUUUUUCAUGGCGUGGGCAAUUAAAUUUUGUGUUUUCGUCG